AUGAUGGGUGUCGUUGAAGUCGUGAAAUCUGUGAAGUGGGAACAAGAAUCGUACCCGCAGUAUGAAGAUUUAAUUGUGUUGCUGCCCCUUUUCGCCCUCUUUUUCCCCGCAGUUCGAUUUUUUCUCGACAGAUUUGUUUUUGAGAAGGUCGGCAGACAACUAAUAUUUGGAAGGGGAACACAAGCUGUGGGAACUGAGUCUGAGGACCAAAGAAAGAAGAUAAGAAAGUUCAAAGAAUCUGCGUGGAAAUGCGUGUAUUUUCUCUCGGCUGAGAUUUUCGCACUCUCUGUGACCUACAACGAGCCUUGGUUGACAAAGACCAAAUUCUUUUGGAUAGGGCCUGGGGACCAAGCGUGGCCCGACCAAAAAUAUAAGUUGAAGUUGAAGGUCCUUUAUAUGUAUACUGGCGGAUUCUACAUUUACUCAAUAUUUGCUCUGAUAUUUUGGGAAACAAAGCGUUCUGAUUUUGGGGUUUCUAUGGGUCAUCAUGUCGCAACUUCUAUUCUCAUCGUGCUAUCUUACAUAUUAAGAUUUGCACGUGUUGGUUCGAUUGUUUUAGCUCUUCAUGAUGCCACCGACCCAUUUCUGGAAGUUGGCAAGAUUUCCAAAUACAGAGGUGCCGAAGCAUUAGCCAGCUGUUCGUUUGUCCUUUUUGUCCUUCUUUGGGUCUUGCUACGUCUCAUUUACUACCCAUUCUGGAUUCUAUGGAGCACAAGUUACGAAAUCAUCCUGUUUUUGGACAAGGAGAAACACAAAGUUGAUGGACCAAUCUAUUACUACAUUUUCAACACACUCCUUUUCUCGUUGCUCGUCCUCCAUAUCUACUGGUUCGUGUUGAUGUUCCGAAUGUUGGUUGAUCAAAUCAAGGCGGGUGGUCGAGUGAGUGAGGACGUUAGAUCCGAUUCGGAAGAUGAAGACCUACACGAAGAUUGA